AUGGUUUGCAGACAUCCAAAUUGCAUUAAUAAGGGUGCAAUAUGUUGUAGAUGCUAGUUAAAAUAUCAUUGCGAUAAUGGUCAUACAUUGGAAUCAUUUGUUCCAUUAGAUGAAGUGUUAAUAUUGUGUCAGACAUAAAAUCCAAAGGCUGAAUAUUUCGAGGAUUUAAGUGUCGAUGGAAUGUUGGAAGUUCAGCAAUUGCAAUCUACACUUUCAAAUAUCAACAAUUCAAUUUAGGAAUAAUUGAAGAGGGAAUUAUUGAUCUUGGGAUAGUACUAAAAGCCAUUCAAAGACAUCUAUGGCAUCAUAUCCCAUUACUCAUAAAUUGAUGGGGAUACCUCAAGAACUGAUGACGGAACUUAGGGAGGGAUGAAGUCUGAUUUCAUGGCCAUUAUGCAAUACAUAGCAGAUAGGAUAAUAGUUGUUGAUGGGGAAUUUGCAAUUGAUUAAUCAGACAUGAAUAAUUGUUUAACAUAGAUCAUCGAAAGAAAGAGGAAGAACUUGAGCAUUUUGCAAAAACUAAACAAAAAGUCAUAGAAAUAGGCCAGAAUAAUCUCAGCUCUAUUUUAAACAGGGUGUUCCUUUGGAUUGGAUUAACACAUUCCCAUUUCACAGUUUAAUUAGUGGGUGCAAUUACUAAGACAUUGCAUAAUUGGCGAUCCCUCAGAAUAGUUUAAUAAUGGUUGGCAUCUUGAGAGAGAAAUACUUGGAGUUUUGUGCAAUAGACCGAUAUAAGGCAGUUUUCAAAGGGAAAGCUAAUUCCUAUUCAAAAUUAAAGUGGACUUUAAAUUAGGUCAGUUUUGGAUGUGA